UCUCGGCCGUCGCCAUGGUGGCGAAGUCACGUGAGCGGGAGGCUGCGCCCGCCGCCAUUUGGGGCCUGAGCAGCUUUUUGUUCCCCUUCUGCACGGCGUGGAGGAAGAUGAAGCCCUUUGGAAAAGUGCUCUGUGCUGCAGGGAGCCUGGCUGUGCUGCUUGCCUUCUUCUGGAGGGACACCUUCCAGCCAGAGCAGCUUUCUGGUGCCCGCGUCCUGCUGACCGGAGCCAGCACAGGGAUUGGGGAGCAGAUGGCCUAUCACUACGCCACGUUUGGGGCUGAAAUUGUUCUGACCGCCAGGAGGGAAGCUGUGCUGCAGGAGGUGGUGGAGAAAUGCCUGAGCCUCGGAGCAAAGAAAGCCUUCUAUAUCCCAGCUGAUAUGUCUUCCCCUUCCGAGCCUGACAGGGUGCUUCGGUUCGCCGUCCAAAAGCUGGGAGGGCUGGAUUACCUGGUGCUGAACCACAUUGGCAUUUCCCCUUUCCAGAUGUGGGGUGGAGAUGUGGAGCACAGCCGCUGGCUCAUGGAGGUGAAUUUCUUUAGUUACGUGGCGCUCGCAACAGCAGCUCUGCCCACCCUGGAGAAGAAUCACGGCUCGGUGGUGGUGGUUUCUUCCCUCACAGGGAAGAUUCCCACUCCUUUCACCACUUCGUACUCAGCCACAAAGUUUGCACUGGACGGAUUCUUCAGCUCCCUGCGCCACGAGCUGAUGAUGCAGGAGAGGAACGUCUCCAUCACGCUGUGCAUCCUGGGCCUCAUCGACACGGCCACGGCGCUGGAAAAGACCCGGGGCAAAGUCUUCAUCACUGCUUCCCCUGCGCCAGAAGCGGCGCUCGCCAUCAUUCGCGGCGCUGCCGCCCGCCUGCCGGAGCUCUUCUACCCGUGGUGGCUGCGGCACGUGCACGGCCUCUGGGUGCUGCUGCCCAGCCCCCGCGUGCUGCAGAGCUUCUACAACCACAGCGCUUCGAACCACGGCAGCCCCUGACGGCGCGGGGAUCCGCGUGCGGUGAUCGCCCCCCCAUCUUCCUCCAGACCCCGCAGCCGCCCCCCUCGCUCCGCCCCAUAGGCUCGGUUGUGUCUCGCGUUCUCCGCCCGGGGCCGGGCCUGCAAGGAGCGAAGCCGGCUGCCCUCAGCCGCUGCC